AUGCUGGGCCGACUGCUCGUUCAAUUGCCUGGCUGUCCAUCCUGCCUUGCCACAUACCGCCUGGCACCGUGCAGCAACGUGCUCCGGUGCAGGCCUUACCUACCCAAGACGCGGGGCAUGGCCGCAGACAAGGAGGAGGCGAUGCCCUCCGGCCAGACGGUGGACGGCGACGGAUUUGUUUCCCAUGGCAAUGGGUUUACAGACUCCACGGCCCAGGCUCUCCCAGCCAAGAAGAAAAGGAAAAGGAAAGAGAAGCCCCCGCCCCUGCCACCCCCCCCGCUGCCAGACCCAUCCUCCUUCCCUCCCUACAAGCCCUCCCCCCACUUCAGAUUCGAGCUCAUACACCAGUCCAAGAAGUCUGCAGCGCGGGUGGGCAGGAUCCAUACACCCCACGGCGUCAUCGACACGCCCGGUUUCGUGGCCGUGGGCACGAACGCCGCGCUGAAGGCCGUGGACGGCGCUUGGGCCGAUGCAGAGGGGCUGCAGCUCAUGUUCUGCAACACCUACCACCUCCUGCUGCACCCCGGCCCCGAGGUGGUGGCCGGCGCCGGCGGCCUGCAUGCCUUCAUGGGCCGUCGGGACCGGCCGCUCAUCACCGACAGCGGCGGGUUCCAGGUCUUCUCACUGGCCUACGGCACGGUGCACGAAGAGGUCAACGAGCUGAAGCGCAGUCAGGGGCCCUCCAAGCACAAGACGGGGAACCUGAUGAAGGGCGUGACGGAGGAGGGCGUCCGCUUCUGCAGCUACAGGGACGGGUCCCACAUGCUGCUCACCCCCGAGUCGUCGGUGGAGGCGCAGAAGGCCUUUGGCGCGGACAUCAUCCUCCCCCUGGACGAGCUGCCGCCCUACCACAUCGCCGACGCCGACCUGGAGGCCAGCCUGGGGCGCAGCCACCGCUGGAUGGCGCGGUCACUGCGCACCCACCUGGCCGAUCCGCGGCGCCAGGCCAUGUACGGCAUCGUGCACGGCGGCAUGUCCAUCGACCUGCGCCGGCGGUCCGUCGAGUACCUCUCCGCCCUCCCCUUUGACGGGUUUGCCGUCGGGGGGAGCAUGGGCAAGGACAGGGAGGACAUGGUGGGCCUGCUGCGGCAGGUCAUGCCCAUGAUGCCACGCGACAAGCCGUGCCACAUCCUUGGCAUCGCCGACCCCGCCACCCUCCCACAGCUGGUCCCCUUUGGCUGCGACACCUUUGACUCCUGCUACCCCACACGGGCGGGCCGGCACGGGACCAUGCUGACCCCGAUGGGGAAUGUGCGAGUGAUCUCUGGCAAGUUCAAGAAUGCGCAUCACCCCCCGGUUGAAGGUUGCACCUGCUACACCUGCAAAACCCACACACUCGCCUACCUGCACCAUCUCAAGAAGGCAAAUGAGCCGCUGAUGAGCACACUCUUGACCAUCCACAACAUCCAUUUCAUGUGCACCCUGAUGUCGGACCUGCGCCAACAAAUUCUGGCCGAUGAGAUUUGA